AUGAGUGUAUCAGUGAAUGGCCAGUCUCAAGUCCCACCAGGUUUCCGAUUUCAUCCAACAGAAGAGGAACUCUUGCACUACUACCUAUGGAAGAAAGUGACCCAUGAGAAGAUAGAUUUCAAUGUAAUUCGAGAGGUGGACCUCAAUAAGCUGGAGCCAUGGGAUAUACAAGAAAAGUGUAAAAUCGGAUCCAGCCCUCAAGAUGAUUGGUACUUCUUCAGUCACAACCACAAAAAGUACCCAACAGGAAUGAGAACCAACCGUGCCACCAGGACCGGGUUCUGGAAGGUCACCGGCCGUGAUAAGGUCAUUUAUGGCAACUCCACGCGAAUUGGUAUGAGGAAAACACUGGUGUUUUAUAAAGGUCGAGCCCCAAAUGGGCAGAAGUCUCAUUGGAUAAUGCAUGAAUACAGACUCCAUGACCACUCCAUUGAUACCAACGCAUCCAGUCCAGCGGGAGAGACUAUACAGGAAGAGGGGUGGGUGGUUUGCCGUGUUUUCAAGCAGAAAAGCCCUCGAAGAAAUCUGGGUAGCAGAAACAAUCCAUCAGUUAACGUACACGCGAGCACUUGCACGUCGAAUUCGAAUAUGAAAGGAAGAUCCAUGGAGCAGAUGAUGACUAAGAUUAACCAACAAGAAAGCCAGACAGACGAAAAUGUCAAUGACAAUGCCACCACCAACAGCGACAUGAGACUUCUCAGGCCGAUUGAGAUGGCUAUCAACAAUGGGUUCCCAGAAGAACUGAGUCUGACACAACAGCUUCAGGCACCAGAGUCCCCAGUUCUUCCAUCACUAGAAGAAGAAAAAACAGAGUUCGAUUUGAUUCAGCUGGGUGGUAGCCCCCAAGCUUCUUACCAACCCAUCCGUCUAAAAACCCUACAUCUGCUCAAUGACACUGACCCAUCUGUCACCAACCAAGACAGCAACAAUGUAAACAUGGUUUGCCGUAUUACUGAACCAGGGCUCAGCAAAUGGGCUGCAAUGGACCAACUGAUCGCGUUCCAUCUUAAUGGUCCCGCAGAAACAUGCAAGCAGCUAGCUUGCUUCAGCAUGGCCUUCUGUUCAGCUCCUGAUUAUAAUCUUCAACUACCGCAACUACAUGACUUAAAUGGAUCAACACAACAUACUCAUACCUCAAAGGACCCUAACAGUGACAUUGAUCUAUGGAGCUUCACUUGA